CAAUGAAAAAGCAAAUAAAUUAUGACAUUCCCAGCCUUACUCUUAUCUGUACAAUCCUGAUCUACUUUUGGAAACUAAAGACCUACUUCCAACUCAAAAGUUCUGCUACAGUAGUAGAUCAUUAAAGCGUACUAGUUUCAAGCACCACGUGAUGAUUCUAUUAUCAAUAACCAAUUCUCAAUCAAGCUUGAGAGGCAAGAGAAAUUUCCCUUUUCUUUCUCUACUUUUUUGUUUUCGCGGGCAUUAGGGUGAUAACCAUCAAAUGUUGUCCUUCCGCAGUGCACUAACAUUAAAUACAUGCCCACCAGAUAAACACUUGAGCAUCCAAUGAGGACUGCUCAUACACACAAAAGCGUUGCCUGAGACUUUCCAGAGGUUCUAACACUCUGGUAGCAAGCAAACGCAUCAGGAAUACCAGAGCUAGGAGAAACAUACCAGUCGUGCUUCCACUUUCCCUUGAUCUAUAGCUUAUACAGAACUUGCACCAUAACAUAAGAUAUAACACACAUAAACACGCACGCAAGUUCUUGUGUAUAAAUGCUUUAAACAGGAUAUAUGUACUAAAGAUCAAGGGCCAUUGCUCUGUUAUUGCUAGGCUGAGAUGGGAGGUGCCAAAGCAGAGUUGGUUCGAGGUGUCUUCUUCAAAACUCGUUCUGGCAAAGCUCGUGAUGGCCGUGGAAGAAGCAAUGCAGUGGAAAAGAAAGGAUGGAGCUCAGUCAAGUCAUAUUUGUGUGGUGAUGAAUGUGCUUCGGUCCUGGGAGAAAACGAUUCAGCUUCAUUCGAACAGCUUGAGAUCAGCUCAGUUGUCGCCGAGGAGAAUUCAGCUAAGACAACUAGACUAUGUCAAAUUCAUUCAGACUUUACAGAGGAAGAUACAGCUUCCUUCAAGAGUUCCGAAGCCACUGUAACUCAACCCAUCAUACGAGAAAUCCCAGGCAAAAGCGAUAAAAAGAACAUUUUGAACAGUCAAGAACUUUGGGGAGUGAAGCAAAACUCAGCCUAUCAGCUCUUUCAGCAAGAAGAUGCUGCCAUGACCAUUCAGUCAGCAUUCAGAAAUUAUCUGGCCAGGCGUUCCUCUCGGAUGAAGGUGAAUGAUGGAAAGCAAGAGAUCAUUGUGGACACAGCAAUUCCAAGCCCAGAGUCUCUAAGCUCAUCAAUAAAAGUUCAAACAGGUGAUUCAACAGGCACAUCUGUAGUUGAUGUUGAAAGCAUUAGCCUCAACCAACCAAUGCAAAAGCGUGUAAGAGUCCAAGUGGCAAAGCUGCAGGAAGAUUGGGAUGAUAGCACAGUAAGUAGUACCAUAUCAAAAAUGAGGAUUCAGAAAAGAAUAGAGGCGGCAACAAGGCGUGAGAGAGCUCUUGCAUAUGCUUUUGCACAACAGUUAAGAGUAUGUGCAAAGAAGAAAUGUACCAAAUCCAAUAGCUUGGAUGCCAAUAUGAGCUGGAGCUGGCUAGAAAGAUGGAUGGCAACCCGCCAGCCAGAAAGUUCUUUGGUUAGUAACAAUGCAUGCAAGAGGACCAAGUUGGGUAGCUGCACAUCACUGUCCAAAAAAUUAAUGGAUGCAACAGCCGAAGAGGAAAGCUGUGGAUCUAAUGAGGUUUCUGCACACAUUGAUGGAAUAUUGGUAGCUGGUCAAAGAACACAGGAUCGUAUUAGGCCUGCCAAGAUUAAAAGCCGUAAGGAAUAUCGCAAAGAAACAACUCGUUUCAAGCAGGCAGUGUGUAAAAGAGGCAAAGAUAGGAUCUGCUCCUAAUUCUGGCCUGUAUAUUUAUUGCUUACUACUGCUUGCUGGAUAGGCAAGCAAGAAAGAUUUUCUGGCAGAUGAUGAAAAAGAACAUGAAAACAAAUUCAAGCAGUCAGGGCAAUAAAAAGAACUGAAAUGUCAGCUUAUCUUAAGUAUCCUCUGAUCUUGCAAGGUGCAACAACUACUGUCAACAUACCUUGUGAGCUCUAGACCCCAUUACCCAGUCCAUAAAAUAGAAAAGCAAACAAAUUGUUGACAGGGAUUUUCUUAGUUUACUGUGCAACUUCCAGUUUGCUGCUCUUGGAAGGCAAAAUGUAAACUACAGAAGCUUGUGCAACAAAAAGAAACCAUUUGCCAGUU